CUUUUCUUAUUGGCUAGAAACUGAAUUUCAGACAAAAGCAAGUUUCAACUAAUAACAUCAGUGUUAUGGAGUCGCUGCAUCUAGUAGAAACACUACUCUCUGGGCUCCAUCACCACCCUCGUACGAACGCCAACAGAAACAGAGUAUUCAGAUCCGUGAAGGUCUUCAGCAACACAAGAAAGUGUCAGUGUUUUGAUCUCCACGACAAGCUGGUUCCGUACAAGAAAGCUUGGACAUGGCAGAAACGCAUCGUCGAGGAGAAAAAAGCAUUGAUUGAUGGAAACCAAGACUGUCCUGACACUGUGAUUUUACUACAACACUCUCCUGUUUACACAAUGGGAACUGGCAGUUCAGAGGAUUAUCUCAAUUUCGACGUAAAGGAUGCUCCUUUCGAUGUGUAUCGAACUGAGCGUGGUGGUGAAGUCACUUACCAUGGCCCUGGUCAGCUAGUUAUGUAUCCUAUAAUCAAUCUUCGGAAUCACGAGAUGGAUCUUCAUUGGUACCUCAGGACGCUUGAAGAGGUUGUUAUUAGAGUUCUUUCCUCUGCUUUCUCUAUCAAAGCUUCUCGUAUUGAUGGUUUAACUGGAGUUUGGGUUGGCAACCAAAAAGUGGCGGCUAUUGGUAUUCGUGUGUCGAAAUGGAUAACGUAUCAUGGUCUGGCUCUAAAUGUUGCUACUGAUCUAACACCAUUUAACUCUAUAGUUCCGUGUGGGAUUAGAGACCGACAAGUUGGGAGUAUAAAGGGUUUGCUUGAAGGUGGAGAACACGGAGAGGUUGGUGAUUUGAGGUUGAUAGAUAUAGCUCAUGAGUCUUUACUUAAGGAGUUCUCUGAAGUUUUCCAGCUUCAAAUCGAAAAGCAAACAGUUUCAGAUCUUGAUAUUCUGAUAGCUGAGUCUUUCAAAGGAUUGGAUUGACAAAAAGUCUUGCAAUCUCUGCAACAUUCUUGUAACGUUUUUAACAUAAAGAUCUUAUCCACAGUAAAAGGUUUAUUGGCAGUUUGUGCCAUUGUCUGAUUUUUGUAUGAGAUUGGUCUCUCUCUACUUCUCUUUUGCAUUGUUAUGAUUUGUGAGAUGGCUUGAAAGAA